AUGUUCAGGGGCGCUUGGAUGUGGCCCGGAAAAGACGCCGCCGCGCUGACUAUCUGCUGCUGCUGCUGCUGCUGGGCUCCCAGGCCGAGCGACAAACCUUGCGCCGACUCCGAGCGGGCGCAGCGAUGGCGACUGUCCCUGGCGUCCCUGCUCUUCUUCACCGUGCUGCUCGCUGACCAUCUGUGGCUGUGCGCGGGGGCCCGGCCCCGAGCCAGGGAGCUGAGCAGCGCCAUGCGGCCGCCCUGGGGGUCCGGCCGGGAGCGGCAGCCGGUACCUCCUCGCGCGGUGCUGCCCCUGCCGCCGCCGCCGCCUCCCGGCCAGCCCAGCGCGCCCCCGGGCACCUGCGGCCCGCGAUACAGCAACCUGACCAAAGCCGCCGCCGCCGCCGCCGGUCCCGGGCCGGACUGCGGCGGCGUCCCAGAACCCACGGGGCUGGACGCAGCUUGCACCAAAUUGCAAUCUUUGCAGAGACUUUUCGAACCGACUACCCCAGCGCCCCCUCUGCGGCCCCCCGACUCCCUUUCCCGUGCCCCGGCCGAGUUCCCCACCGCCAAAAAAAACUUGCUCAAAGGCCACUUUCGGAACUUCACUCUUUCCUUUUGCGACACCUACACGGUCUGGGACUUGCUGCUGGGCAUGGACCGCCCCGACAGCCUGGACUGCAGCCUGGACAACCUGCUGGGGGACCUGCUGGCCGUGGUGGCUAGCCCGGGCUCUGGGGCCUGGGAGGUGUGUAGCAACUGUAUCGAGGCGUACCAGCGGCUCGACCGACAUGCUCAGGAAAAAUAUGACGAGUUCGACCUCGUGCUGCAUAAAUACUUACAGGCAGAAGAGUACUCAAUCCGGUCCUGCACGAAAGGCUGUAAGGCUGUCUACAAGGCCUGGCUGUGCUCAGAAUACUUCAGCGUGACCCAGCAGGAAUGCCAGCGCUGGGUGCCCUGCAAGCAAUACUGCCUGGAGGUGCAGACCCGGUGCCCCUUUAUCCUCCCUGACAAUGAGGAAAUGGUAUACGGAGGGCUCCCUGGCUUUAUCUGUACAGGGUUGCUGGAUACUUCACCAAAGCGGCCAGAAACCAAGUGCUGUGACGUGCAGUGGGUCUCCUGCGAGUCGGAGAAGAAGAAGUUCAAGGAGUCUGAAGCCCCCAAAACCCACCACCAGCAAUUCCACCACUCUUAUUUCCACCACUACCACCAUCAGUACCACCACUACCACCCCCGCCACGAGCCCCCAGGCCGUCUUGGCCACAAGCCCUCCCUGCUGCCGGUUUCUGGGGGCUCCCGCCUCAGCCCCAGCAGGAUCCGGCUCUACAUCCUUGUCCUCGUGCUCCUGCAUACCAUGGUGUCCUUCUCCAGCAGCCAGAGUGGUGGGGGACCGGGCCUGGAGGCACUGCCUGCCCUAGACGAGGGCCUGGCUCGGGAAGAGUGACCGCAGGGAGGGAGAUCAGACCUCCACCACGCACCGACAUCAACUCCAGCCCCCCCAGGGGGAGGGGGAGGGGGCCCCUCCCAUGGGAGGUGUAGGACCAGGUGGGGGGCGGGGGAAAUGGGGGAUC